AUGCAACCACUCGUGCUUCAUCCCCCGAGCCUUGCUACCGCCCAGUUCGGACAGCCCCGGUUCAACUCGGGCCCAGAGCGGCUUCCGUUGAAUCGAUCUUGGUCUUCCAAUGCUCGAGGGUAUAGCCCCCGGGCUGCUCCUCCCCGUCAAUCUAUGUCUGGCUCGCCGCCGGCCGAAGAGCCCCCAGUGACAGCCGGACAUGCUAAGCCUGCUCUAGAAUACUCAUCAGUAUCCUCGCCAGUAAUAACUACUGGCGUUGAGGUGACUUGCAGUUCUAGUACUCAUAUUCAUGGACCAGCACUAUCACAGCCCUUAUUGUCCGCCAAUGAGCCUCUCCCAGCGCAUAUCGCGCCGCCGCGAUAUGGGGAACUUAGUGGACAGCCACCGCCAGCAUUCGGGGUUGGCUCGCCACAAGUAUUACAAGGAGGUCCACAGUAUGCUCUUUCAGCGCUUCAAUCAUCGAUAACCGGACCAGCAAGUAGAUCACUUGCACAGAAGUCAACUCGGCGUACCAAAGCCCAUGUCGCUUCAGCUUGUGUGAACUGCAAGAAGAAGCACCUUGGAUGUGAUCCUGCUCGUCCAUGUCGAAGAUGUGUCCUCGCUGGCAAGGCCUCAUCAUGCGUGGAUGUUACGCACAAGAAACGGGGUCGACCACCAUUGAAAGCCGAGGAUUCUUCUCUCCGUUCGUACUCCAACACUCAUAUGGAUACUGCAGUGCAUGCCGAAGUACAGCCGUCGACCUCGCAAAGAACAGUGAUGCAUCGAGCAACUUCAUCUCGCGAACUGAGACCGAUGACGGACCUCCAGGGAAUAGGUGAGCCAGGACCAGCAAAUUCCGCAGCAAUGCGUGUGCAACGUGGUCAACCACAUAGAUGGUCUGCGUCUGUGUUUCCUCUUACGCGGCCUAUGGAACAAUCUCCUUCGAUGCCAGGUGCCGUAGGAAGAAGACCGUUUUCUUCAUCUGGACCACCAGCCUAUACGGCUCCACCACCUCCACCUCCAGCAUUCGUGCCAAUUACGGGUGGAUUCAAUCCGGUUCUCAAGCCUGGAACAAUGCCUCCCGGAAUGGAGAGAAGAUACCCACCAUAUGCAGGUCCAGCUUUGCCACCUCCGACUUCUCCUCCACAACUUCAUUCGCCAGGUGUACACUAUUUGCCCUACAGCGAGGCUCCUCCUGGCACUCUGCACCAGCCGUUAAGUGAUCCUCGAAUGCCGCAUGGCCCUCGCGAACCGUAUCUUGAGUCACCAGUCCGACUGCCACCUAUACAUCAAGCGACGGGCAGCCCCCGACUUGCUCACCAGCCGCAUCAUGCGCACCGCUUGAGUGAUCCAUACCCGACAAGCUGGAGCUCGUCAGGACGCGAGGAUAUCUCGAGGGAGCCAAGGUCUCCAGCACAACUACAACGACCAAUAAGCUCGGCAUUCUCGCACUCGUCAUCUCACCAGCGCUCGUCGUCCUUGACCGGUUCCCUCGAUCCAGUGCCACGGCAUCUAGGUCCGGUAGAAUUGCCCUCGCCAGUGUCACUCAGCCACGGUUUACCCGCGACUACGCGAACCACUAAUCCGACAACCGAAGGCGAACAGGAAGAACCCCGGCCGAUCAAGCGUCGCAAAAUGGCCCUGGACGAUAUGGUCAACGGUUAA